AUGCUGCUCUCCAGCUCCGAAUCGAGCAUUUUCAGCGACACUGAUUAUGACGUUAGCAGUGAGGACGAGUGCAACUACAGCAACGCAGAUGAAAACAUAAAGAAUGUGAAAUUCUUCAACAAAAUAAUCAUCAAACUGUUUUUAAAAAAUAGAAAGUACUAUGAACAGGUAAAAAAAAUUGCACUUAGCUACAUUAGCAAAAUAGAAGACAUCCAAUUUUCUCAUAUUCAAAAUAGUGAGCAGGGAAGCAAUGAGCACAUAUACAAUUUUUAUUUUGACACGUACGAUGCGAUUCAGCAUGGGGAGAACAAAUUGAUAUAUUACAUGCAAAGUAGCUUCCACAAAUUUAUCGAUGUUAUGAACAACUACUCCAUUCCCUUUUUCUUUCGACUGGUCUUCCUGAGUUGCUAUUUCGAAUUUCUGUAUAGCAGGGAGGCAAAAGAGGACGUGAGUGAUAGCGACCGUGGGCAGGGGAGCAGCCAUUCGCCUACCAGUGAUGUGGAAAAUCAGAGGGAAGCCGCAGCUACCCAGUGGGUAUACACAGACGGUUUGGGUGAAAACAGUCGUGGUUGCGAUGGGUACGUUGAUAUGUUGACGAAGAGGGAGCAUAACGAAGCGGCCGGCGAGGAUGGCCUAGGCGAGGGGCUGAACGCGGCUGCCGAGGGUGGAGGUUUAACCGAGGGGAUUAACAAUGAGGGGGGAAGCUAUCAACAUGGCAGCACGUCCUUAGAAUCGAAUGAAGACCAACGCGCAGAAGACCCCUCGCUGUACGACUUCAUAGUGUACAAUUUCAGCAAAGACAAAAAGGUUAUGGAAGAAAUCGACGUGUACAGUGCGUGCCUGAUAAAGGGAAUUAUUUACUCAUACAAAAAUUACGCCUUUUUGAAAGACGCAAACACGAAAGCCAAAAUAAAUAACUGCUUGAAAAUGAUCUUCGACAAACAAAAUAUAAAAAUUAUGUGCCGAGUGGCAAACGUGCCCUACCUGCAUGAUGUCCACAUUAACUAUUUGCAAGAAAUACGCAGUAAGCACAUCGGCAAAUUCGUAAGCACAGAGGGGAUAAUCACCCGGGUGGGGGAGAAGAAAAUUUUGGAGGAAUGUAAAAAGUACAGGUGUAUGAAGUGUGAUAAUAUAAUUAAGAAGAAGGCCAUUCCCGAGCUGUACUACAACACCCAAACGGUGUUUAAGUGCCCCAACACGCAGAUUAACACGAACAUACCCCCUUGCUAUAGAAACGAUUUGAUAAGCGAAGUGGGGAGGAAGGAGGCCAACAUGAGGAGGAAGUAUAUGAAGGAAGACCCUGUGCAGGAAAACAGGACGGGGGAACCAACGCCGUAUGUUAGAGGCGACUCCAAGCAUGACAGUAGAAAUGGUCUCCACGGUGACGCUAAUUAUAGCUCGAAGCGCAAUGCCAACAAGAGGACUGCCAAGUCGAAUGCUGCCCACAAUGGAAACUGUCAUGGUAAGAACCCAUACAUUGAAAAAAAGUGUAAUGGCACAAAUUUCGAAUUCCUAGAGAGCGAAGUUAAACGGGUAGAUUACCAAGAAAUCAAAAUAAAGGAAACGAGCAAAACGAAUAUCCCCUACUCCAUUACGGUGGUCCUUUUGGAAAACCUUGCUGGGAAGUAUCACCCGGGGAAGAAGGUGAUUAUAAAUGGCAUCGUCCUACGGAGGUGGAAGAAAUUGUACAAGGACAUUAGGUGCGACUCGGAGCUAUUCAUCGAAGCAAACAACGUCGAAAUUAAAGAACUGGAAGGUUCCAGGUGUAAAGAGGUAGCACUGGACGAUGAGUUUGCCAAGUGUAUUAAUGCCCUAAUGAAUGAGGCGCAGGCAUGCGGGGAGGGUAGCGGCACGGACCGAGAAACGAACGCCGAUGUGGAUGGGGAUGACCCAGCGGGAAGCCCCACAUGCGAUGAAGAGGGAAGGCCCCUAAUCUCACCCCAUCCGAGCAGUGGUCACUCCAUUGGCACAAAUGCGAAGGAGGACACACAGGAAGGGGCGCAGCCUGAGAAGGCCUCUGGAAAAACCCCCCCAAGUGGUAGCAAAAUGGGAAGGAAGAAAAAUAAACUGAACGAAAGCGCGACGGAUGCAGAGAUGGACGUGCCAGAAAGGAGCCUGUUUGAAAAGUAUUGGCUCCUCUUCAAAAACAACAAGCUGGAAGGAAAGAGACACAUGUGCGAUAGCAUAUGCCCCAACUUGUACAAUUGCAAGUUGUCCAAAAUAUCGGUGCUGCUGGUCCUAAUAGGGGGGAACAAAAUAAAUGAGUAUGACUCCUUUUACAAUGAAAAUAAUAAGUGGAAGAAGUAUUUCAACCGCGGUAAUGAAAAGGCGGGGACGCGGGUGGACCGGAGUGGCGGCGGGGGAGGCGGCAGAGGAGGCGGCGACGACGACGAUGAUGAUGAGGAGGAUGAAGACGAGGAGAAGGGGGAAGGGGACGGGGAAGGAGACGACUCCUCCAGUUGCGAAAACGCACAUGCCAGUAAGGCGAAGAAGCGAAAGGGGGACAACACCAAAAAGGGGGGACGCACAAAUGGCGGAAAAGAAAGCGCAUCGAGGAAAGGAAGGAGAGAGAAAAAAGCAAAGCACAGGAAGAGGAGAGGAAAGAAUUUCUCUUCCGACAAUUGUGACAAGAGAACAUUGUGCCAUUUGUUGCUCGUGGGGGAUCCCGGAACGGGAAAAUCGCAGCUACUUAAGGAAGUACAAAAAAUAAGCAACAUUUGCAUGAACGUGUCAGGUAUGUUUUGUACCACCGCUGGGUUGACUUGUGCAGCCAUAAAGGAGGGGAACAAUUUUAUGCUAGAAAGUGGAGCUCUUGUCCUGGCAGAUAAUGGCGUCUGCUGCAUUGACGAAUUUUGUCUAAUGAAGAACGAAAAUAAGAAUGCCAUUCACGAGGCAAUGGAACAGCUAACCAUUUCAGUAGCCAAGGGAGGGAUCGUAGACAAAUUAAAUUGUAGGUGCACUAUUAUCGGUGCGUCUAACUUCGAGUUGCAUAAAACGGUCAAGGGGAAUUUAUCUUCUUGCGACAAUAAGGCGCUCAUUAUUAACCUUUCCUACGCGCUGCUGAGCAGGUUUGACAUGGUCGUGAUAACCGAGGAUAACAACGAAAUUGAUUCUAAGAUUGCUGACUACGUGUUGGCACAGGAUGUGCAGUCGGGUUGCGCCACGGGCGGUUUGGUGAAGGAGGGGCCCGGCUUGUGGGGCAGCGCUGGUGGGGAAGUCGGGUGGUGGGGUUCUCGCCUAGGUAGAGCGGCGGGAGCAGCGGCGGGAGCAGCGGCAGGGGGAGUAGCCGCGGCUGGGGGAGCGGCCCAAACAAACUCGGCUGCAAUGAACAACCAGAAGUGCCCCGCCAAGGGAGCGGACCACGCGAACGCCCCCGAAGAGGAGGAGUGGGCCGGCGGACAGGCCUUCAAAACGCCCCAAACGGAAGGCGCCAAAAUUAUCUGGUCCAGCGAAAAGCUGAAGGAGUACAUCUACUACGUGAAGAAUAACUGCUCCCCAAAUUUUAAUAAAAACUCAAAAUUAAUUUUAAUAACCUACUAUUCGAUGCUGCGUAAGCAUAAUAAUGGAGAUAACGGGACGACCAUUAGGACGUUGGAGAGUUUGAUUCGGCUAAGUGAGGCGCAUUCGAAGAUGAUGCACAACGACACGGUGUCCUCCGACGAUGUGAUUAACAUCGUUUUGUUGUCAGAGCUGAGCUUGCGGGGGUAUAAAAUAGCCGUCAAAACGAACUCCAAUAAUAUCCUCAUCGCUCGGUCGGGCAUACUGGACAAUUUAAACGAUUCGCUUCUCUUUUAUAACAACAUGCACAGGACGUUUUACUCCCUGGACGACGUUUUGUUCUACGAGUCGUUGUUCAACUAUUUUAAGAAGCUCCUUUUGGAGAAGCUCGGCUUGGUGGAGCGCGACGGGGGCAUCCACCGCAUGGCGCUGUAG